AUGGUAAAUAUUAUAGAAAAACAACAAGAAAAUAAAGAAUUAUUAAACGAAAUAGAAUUAUUAAAACAACAAUUAGCUGAUAAAGAUAGAGAACUCAAUGAUUAUAAAAAUACAGAAGUAAAUGAGCAAGAAGAAGCGGAAUUUAAACAAAAUGCAACUGAAAGAAUUCACCAAAUGUUGGUAGAGAUGAGGAACAGUCUUAUGCAUGACUAUAAUUGGAAAGAAAAGGAGAAUUUGGAAGAAGUUGUAGAGAGAAUUGUAAUAGACCAUUUUGAAAGCACUGAGUUAGCUACUGACUUGCUAAAAGAUUGA